CUUAAAAAGAAAAUUUAUUUUCAUGUUUUGUUAGUUAUUAAAUUAUAAAUAAGUUGUGAGUUUCUUUAAAUUGUUAUUAACGUUAAACAUACACUUAGACAUAAUGAAUAAUUUCAAGUCAACAUUCUUCACGAAUGCAGUCAAUUUGGUGAUUUUUGUGCUUUUUAUUACUACAGACCAAAGUGUGGAUUCUUCGGAGCUCUUCGAGGCGUUCAAUGCCGAGUGUCUGAAAAGUCAUGACACACACAGAGCUAAACAUAAGGACACAAAUCCGGUCAAAAUUAAUCACAAAUUAGUGAAAUCUGCCGACAAAUGCGCCAAAUUUCUGGCCGAGACCAACACAUUCCGUCACAGCCCUCACGCCGGUCUACUGUAUGGCGAAAACCAAUGGUUAGCUUUAGUGUCGAGUAAAGCGGGCACUAAACAGAUAUACAAUAGGCUGACCUGCAAUGAGGUGAUCGCUUCGUGGCACAGGGAGCAGAGGUAUUACGACUACAAACCCCCAAAAGGCUGGCACCCGAAGAACAUUAAACAAGUCGGACACUUUACACAACUCGUUUGGAGGGGUAGUAAGGAAAUAGGAUGUGCUAAGUCCAUGAAUGAGACAAAUAGAAAGGUAUAUCUGGUCUGUCACUACCUGCCCGUUGGUAAUAUACCCGGAAAAUACGCGGAUAAUGUUAUGCGCGAACAAUAA